GCUUCUUCGCCUCUCUCUCUCUCUCUCUGGUGUCUCAAGGGCUGCCCUCAGGUUGUGAAAUUCUUCUCUAUAUACAAGCUGGAAGAUUGGGGAAGAGAGAUAUAGAAAGAUUGAGGUGGUGUUUAUCUUUUAAUGUUUGGCUAUUAUUGUUCAAUAGGAGUUCUUCAAAAGGUGGUGAAUUUUCGACCUUGGGUUUACAACUUUUCUUUGACUUACUGCUUAUUUAGAUUGUAUGGAUAGAGAUUUGAGAGGGUAUUAUGGUUCGGGGAAUGGAAUCAAACUCAAUGAUGAAACUAAUAUAUUUUUUUUGGAUAAGAAUCUGGUGGAUGAUUUCAAAGCUGGUAACACGGUUAUGAAUCAAGGCUUUGUGGAUGUUUCCUCACUUCCUACUGCUUUAAACUCUAGUAGUUCAAUCCAGUCGUAUAUCGGGGAUUCAGACUGUUAUUCACAUGAGGAUUGUGAUUUGAGUGAUGUGGUUCUUAAGUACAUAAGCCAGAUGCUUAUGGAAGAAGAUAUGGAAGAGAGGGCAUGUAUGUUUCAAGAGUCUGCGGCCCUUCAAGCUGCUGAGAAAUCGUUCUAUGAGGUCAUUGGGGAAAAAUACCCUCCUUCGCCUGAUCACCACCCAAUUCCUGAUAUGGAUCAAAACACCAAAAGCCCAGAUGAAAAUUAUGUUGGAAAUUGCAAUUUGUCUUGUGGUAGUGUCAUUGCUGGUAAUGGAGACUUGUCAUGCUUGAAUUGUAAUCUGGAUCUUAGUGAAAACGAGGCACCCUAUGUACAAAGUGUUUCUGUUGACCUUACUUCCCAGUUCACUUCUCAGUCUUCCUGCAGCUCUUCGAGUAGCACUGGUACUGUCAGUGAUGGGCCUGUGGAUUCACCUGUGAGUACCCUUAGAAUUCCUGAUGUAUUUAGUGAUAGCCAGUCUGUUAAGCAGUUUAAAAAGGGGGUUGAGGAAGCAACUAAGUUCCUUCCUAAUGCCAGUGGUUUCUUUGCUAAUUUGGGGGAUAGUGGGUUGUUGACAAAGGAGCAGAAGAAAGAGAGUGAGGGUGUGGUAGUCAAAAUGGAGCAGCAACAUGAGAAUGAGUACUCCGCUGUUGGGUUGAGGGGAAGGAAGACUCGUCAUCUCAUAGAUUCGUAUCUUGAAGGAGGGAGGAAUAACAAGCAGUCAGCAGUCUACACUGAAUCGACUGUGAGAUCAGAACUGUUUGAUAUGGUGCUGCUAUGUAGUGCAGGGCAACGGGAAUCUGCCCUUCGUGAAGCUCUGCAGAACGAAACAAGUAAAGUUCAGCAACAAAAUAGUCAAUCAAAAGGAUCUAAUGGUGGGAAGGCCCGUGGUAAGAAGGGAGGUAAAAGAGAUGUGGUGGAUUUGAGAACACUCUUGACCCUCUGUGCACAAGCUAUUACAGCUGAUGAUCGAAGAUCUGCAACUGAGUUUCUGAAGCAAAUCAGGCAAAAUUCGUCUCCCACAGGGGAUGGCAUGCAAAGAUUGGCACAUUAUUUUGCUGGUGGUCUUGAAGCACGUAUGGCUGGAUCUGGAACCCAGAUUUACAGAGACCUUAUUACUAUGCCAACGUCAGCUGCUGAUGUCUUGAAAGCUUACCAUCUGUAUCUAGCUGCCAGUCCAUUUAGGAAGAUCUCUAAUUUGUUCUCAAAUAAGACAAUUAUGAAUGUAGCUGAAAAUGCAACAAGACUCCACAUUAUUGAUUUUGGUAUGCUUUAUGGCUUCCAGUGGCCUUCCCUCAUACAACGUCUCUCAAAUCGGCGUGAUGGACCUCCCAAGCUUCGAAUCACUGGGAUUGAUUUUCCGCAUCCAGGGUUUCGACCAUCAGAGAGGGUUGAGGAGACAGGUCGUCGCUUAGCUAAUUAUGCUGAGACCUUCAAAGUUCCAUUUGAGUUCAAUGGAAUCGCACAAAAGUGGGAAACAAUUCAGAUAGAGGAUCUUAAGAUUGACAAAGAUGAGGUGCUUGUAGUGAACUGUCUCUACAGAUUUAGGAAUCUAUUAGAUGAGACCGUGGUGUUGAACAGUCCAAGGGAUAUUGUUCUGAACCUUAUCAGGAAAAUGAAUCCAGAUAUUUUCAUACAGGGUAUUGUAAAUGGUGCUUAUAAUUCCCCUUUCUUUAUCACACGAUUCCGGGAGGCUCUUUUUCACUUCUCUGCCUUGUUUGAUAUGCUUGAGACUAAUAUUCCCCGUGAAACUCCUGAGAGGGGACUUAUUGAGAAGAUAAUUUUUGGACGGGAGGCAAUGAAUGUCAUUGCCUGUGAAACUGCUGAGAGGGUUGAAAGGCCAGAGACAUACAAGCAGUGGCAAGUUCGGAACCUGAGGGCGGGGUUUAGGCAGCUCGUUUUGAAUGAGGAGAUCAAGAAGAUGGCCAAAGAGUGGGUGAAGUCGUACUACCACAAAGACUUUGUAAUUGAUGAAGAUGGCCAAUGGAUGCUGCAGGGAUGGAAGGGACGGAUUGUAUAUGCACUAUCUUCUUGGAGGCCAGCAUAUUGAACACAUGUUCAGUACCACUCACGAGUUGAAGGCUUUUCCUGCUGGGCAUCUUCCUCGUUGUGCCAUAUUAACUUGUCAAUGCUUAUUAAUGUUGGGAGCAAGACACCAGAUGCAGUGAGCAGUACCAGUUAAAACCAGUUCAAUGGAAGAAUGACUAGUGAUAGCCACCAUGUUCCUUUAAACUGGCUAUAACACCAGAACAACAUGCAUACUUUUGUGAGUAAAUCCACAAAAGAGGCGAAAGCCCAUAAGAGGAAAAAGGAAAAAUCCUCUUGCAGCAGAGCAACCUGGGAGCUCGUCAUAUUUAUGUCCAUAUGCAUAGUCAGUGAUCAUGUAUAGGUAAAUAGUAACAGUCUGUAGAAAUGUGAAGGAAGCUCGCAAGGAAUUAAUGCUUUGGAAGGUAUAAGACAUGUACUGUUUGUAUACAUCACUAUUUACUGCAAAUGAGAAAAAAGGAAAAAAGAACAAGUUUUUAAGUUAUGCCCUUUUUUCAGCUUUAAAGUGAAUUAUUAUAAUUACUGAAGAAAUUAAGAGCAAAGUGCAAAUCCAUUGUGGUCCGGUCCGGUUUAGGAGUAAAUAUUUGAUGUAAGUGUGAUUUCACCCUCAUUAUAUCAUUAUCUAAUAAGGUAAUAGAGUAAAUUAAACAUAUGAUUCACUAUGACAUUUAAAUUAAUUAAGUCCCUAAUUUUUAUUUUUAUUUU